AUGUCGCUCCUCGUCACAACAACUGUCAAUAACGUGAAAGUCUUCAACGUGACGCCCGGAAAGGGCAUCCCAGCCUUCCUCUCAAAGCAGGAACGAAAGAACAUGCAAGAAGCACCUACGAACAAGCAGCGGAUUGAUGUUUUGCAAGACCUCACGUUCCCCACUCUAACAACCAAGGCUCGGUUUUCCAAUGAUUGUCAGUAUUUCGCUGCAUGCGGAUGCUAUCCUCCUAUGCUGCGGCUUUACGAUUUGGGAAACACGGGCCUCAAGGUUCAGCGGAACACAGACUCGGAGAUUGUCGAUUUCCACUUUCUUUCCGAUGAUUAUCAGCUCAUGGCCCUUGUCGAAAUAGAUCGAAACUUAGAAUUUCACAACAAGGGUGGGAAACUGUACAAGAUGCGUAUUCCUAGGCCCCCUAGGUGUUCUGCAUUUGACUGCCACACGCCCCAAUUGAUUGUUGGUGGAGUUGGGGGACAAAUCUACAGAGUGGACCUGCAAGAAGGCCGCUUUCGCACAUCCUGGGACACACCAUCUUUUUCGCGGAAGCUCAUCUCUUCUGAUGCAUUUGGAGUCAAUGCACUUGUCUACUCUCCCGAGACUUGCCUUACCUUUGCAGCUGAUGGCCACUCACUGAGCACCUAUGACGCCAGGACAAAGGGAGGCAUUGUUUCUAGCAUAGCGCUGGAAAACGAAGGUACCGCGGUUGCUGUUGACAAAACCGGUCUGCAGAUUGCUGCCGGUACCAGUGAGUCUGAUGUUAUUCUCUAUGACAUACGCUCAUCCCAUCCUCUUCAUCAAUUUACACAUCACUCCGACCUUCCAAUUAGAGAGAUAUGCUUCCACACAAGUUACUCCACGCAUACACUUAUCUCUGCCGAUAGUCGCUCCAUACGCAUGUUCAGGCCAGACGAGAGCACAGCUUCAACUACUAGCAAAAGCAAGCUGUUCUGCGUUAUUGAACCAGAUGUGACCAUUAACUCCUUUACCGUCUUUCCUGAGUCUGGCCUGCUGAUGGUUCCGUGUGAGGACAUGGUCGUUAAUACCUUCUAUGUCCCUGAGCUCGGACCAUCUCCUGUCUUUGCUGCAUUCUUGGACGACCUUGCUGCAGACAUGUCCACAAACGCGCUUACAAGCUCAUACGAAGGGCUCUACUUUGUGACCAAGGAGGAUCUGGAGAGGGUUGGGUUGGACUUAGUGGCAGACUCCUCUCUCUGUAUACCUUACAUGCAUGGGUUUUACAUAGAUAAGGCUCUUUACGACAAGGCAAAGUUCGCCAACACAUCUCUCAAUACCCCAGCUCCCCAGUCUGCUCCAGAAGUAGCUUUAGAAAAGACCCCAAUAGGUACCAGAAAACGGGUUAUUCAAGGGAAGGAUAACGGAAGAACUGCACAGAGUUCCGUCCAUGAAAGAAGAAGACCUGAGGACCACGUGCGCGAUCUAUUCGGGGCAGACUAG